GGAGUGUUUUGUUUUCUUUGCGCCUAGUUCUAGUUGUGUUUUGGAAAUUAGCGCAACAUUUCUUGACUCUUUACCUGUCUGCGAUCGCCGCGUGAAGGAAAAUGCGUGUCAGCUGCACCGUAUAUUGAUCCCUCUUCCCCGGUGCGGGCAGAGGGAGCUGCCGCCCUGUAAUUCUCGCCGGUGACAGAUGUUUACCGUGCUUUAAGCCUAAGCAUCUAACCAAAGAGGAGCCUUGCAGGGGAGGCUUUGCAGGCGUCCGGUCGCCAAGAAAUCGGAUUGAUACUCGUGAAAUGUGAUGUCCAUGGCUCGCCCCGGCCGUCAACGUGAAGCCAGCAGUGCUGCCAGCACCAUGACGUCCGCCGAGUACGAUGUGGAUUCCUCCGGGGGCCUGAUGACCAAAAUUCAAGCCCUGAUAGCACCUCCAGAGAAUGAUGAGGCGUCCAAAUCCAACAAGAAGAAAGAGGGCUUAGACUUGCAUCCUUAUUACAAGAGGCCUGGGAAAGGUCACAAUCGAGACUGCUGUGAUGCUUGCAGUGAGGGUGGAAAUCUAAUUUGCUGUGACAAGUGCCCUGCUUCUUUUCAUCUUGGCUGUCAUGAUCCCCCACUUCAAGAUGAUGACAUACCGUUGGGCCAGUGGCUGUGCCACAAGUGCCGAAUGUCUGCCGGCCUACCUGCCUUGAAGGAGAUCCUCAAAAAGGCUGCUAAUCCCUCUGAAACUUCCGAUGGGCCCACUAAAGAAGAACCAGCGGAUACCCCUUCUAGAGGUCGAUCUCGCACAUCUAGCACUGCCUCUAUGGAAUCCAACAAAUCUCGGGGGCGAGGUAGAGCAGCAGCUGCUGCCGCUGCAGCGCAGCCUACGGGGCCCAUUACAACUACAUCAGUUGCUACUGGUCCUGAUGGUCAGAGUGCUCUUGACACACUCAUAGCAGCUGCUUCCUCCAUGAAUCCAAUACAAUUUGAUUUACCUCGUGAGAUGGUUCUACCAAUCAAUUUCCCAGGCACUGAUAGAGCUCCCACUAGAGGAAAAAGAGCCUCUGCCUCCAAGAGGAGUAGAACACAUGAACUGGACAAUGGUUUAGUACCUUUGCCUGCUAAAACUUGUUUUGAAUGUCGCAAAAGUUGCAAAAGAGCCCCACUGCUAGCCUGUGAUUACUGCCCACUUCUCUUCCAUCUUGACUGCUUGGAUCCUCCGCUAACAUCACUUCCCUGUGGCCGGUGGAUGUGUCCUAAUCACGUGGAGCAAGCAAUUGAUGAAAAGCUCUUGACCUCCCUUAGUGUCACUCAACGAGUGGCCUUAUGGGAUAAAUACACUGGUCCUAUUGAUCAAGAUACAAUCAAAACAGAAUUUCUUCAAAAAACCAGACGCCAAAAUCCACCAUUCCGGUUCAAGGUGAAGCUUGCUCCUCGAAACAGAGCCAAAGUACCCAAUUCAGUGAAAGAAAUGUACAAAAACCGACCACCUCUUGUCCCUAGCUUACGGGAUGUUUUAAGAGACAGUGAGGUAAAUGGUAGUUGGGCUGAUAUCAAGGCUGUUGCUCCUGAGUCUAAGGUUCAAGAUGCAGGGAUAGAUGGUCCAACAGAAACAGAACAGGAGGAAUGGCUUAGCGGUAUAGUAGCCCUACAAACAAGCAUAGCAUGUCAUCUUAGUACAAAGCGAAGGAAAAUGUCACAGUCAAGUGACUUCAGAAAUCAAGAUGCUGAGACACUGUCAGGAAGGUCAGAUGAAAGUGAUGGAAUUCAUAUCAAGAAAGAAACAAUUGAUACUGAUCUGGAGUUCAAAGAUCUAAAAGGAAAUACUAUAAGUAAUGGAUUAUCUGAUCACUCUGAUCAGAUUACUUUAGAAAAGGAAGAUGUAGAAAGCUCCAAGACCCACAAUAUAACUGGAUUGAAUGGUAGCUCUACUUUGGCUAAAGUAGUUACUCAUGCGUCUAAAAUCCAGAAUGGUGAUACAGACACAAUUAUGGAGAUUGAUGAUGAAAGUUCAGAAGCAUCUGAUAAGAUCUUAGAGAAGUCCACAUCACUGACUUCUGGAAAGGAACAGGACAAGAAAAAAAUAAAGAAGUUGCUUGGUGAUAAAGUACUUCUUGACGGACUAACUAAUCUUUUGGAGGAUUCAUUAGACUGUGAGCCAGUUUCUUCUGUUGACAAGUUGGAUGAACGUUUAAUUCGCCUGUUAGCGCUGCAGCGUCUCCAGCAGCUGUCAGCCAACAGCUCUUUGUCCGACUGCCUUGCUUUACCGACAAAAACACCGUCUUUGCUGGUGCAACGGCAACCCACCUUCUGGCCAGCCCCAGAAGCUGGGUUAAAACCAAGAGCUUUGCUAACUCCACUAAACAGCUGCCAGCCUCCCAUGCCUAUCUAUUACCGAGUUAUGGAAGUAGGGACUGGAGGGGACAUGGACAUUUGCCUCACCUAUUAUGGCCACUGCAAUUACGUCACAGCAAAACAUGCUGUUAUUAUCUGUGAUGAGGUAAACAGGCACUAUGAGCUCAUGAAUUACAGUGAGCAUGGGACCACGGUUGACAAUGUGCUGUACUCCUGCGAUUUCUCUGAGAAGGUGCCUGUGAAAGAUCAGCCCAUGAGUCCGCCCCUGAAUCCCCCACAUCAUGGCAGACGAAGUGGGGGUAGUAGCAGCAGUGCUAACACAGGCACGACCAAUGCUGCUGAACCUGCAGAAACUGAAGUAGAAGUUCCCCCUCUAAUUCAAAAAAUAAGAGCUGUUGUUGAUAAGAGGAGAGGAGUUGUGAGAGAAGAAGACAAUGCCCCAGAACCUUGCAAAAUGCCCUCUGACAUUGGAAAGGUUGACAUGAAGUGCAGUUGUCGUUCCAGCAGUUCAAGUCUAAUCGGCGGCAGUGGUGCCGGGUGGGAAGGCACCGCCCUUCUCAAUCAUGGGUCUUUCAUCAAGUUUGGUUGCAUUCAGUUUACAUUUAGUGUUUUGAACUUUGUUUCACCACCUCAAAGAGAACAAUCUGCUCAAGAAAGUUCAAGUGUAACUGUAACUAGUGGAAAAGGACCUAUUCCUCAUAGAAUUCUUAAGAGAGAAAGAGACAGCACAAGUAGUUCAACUCUAACAGUGUCGCCUUCACCUCCACCUGACAGAGCUGCUCAGCCAAACAAGAGUGUACAGAAGAGUUCAAAGAAAAGAGAAGUGGAAAAUGAUGACGACGAUGAUGAUGACGAUGACGACGAUGAAGAAGAAGAUGAAGACGAGGAUGAAGAAGAAGGCGAGAAGGAAGAACUGAAUGAUGAUUCCGAGGUGGAAGAGAACGAAGAUGAUGAAAAUAUGGAAGAAAGUAACGUUGUUUGUGAGGAUGUAGCUAUGGAGGAAUCUCUUGUAGAAACUAAAGAAAAAGCUAAUAAUUGUUUACCUGAUUCUAGCUCUGUUAAUAGGGGAAGUCCCUGUGCUCUCAAUGAAACUGAUUCUGUGUGAGAAUAUUUUCUCCUCUCUGUUUAAGGAAACUUGGAUGUCUGUAAUUCUGAUAAUGCGCAUAAACUAGUAUUUAUUGCACUGUUUUAAUGAUUUGGUCAAGCUGAAUGUGCCUAUACCCCUUGUUCACUGCCAAGCCACUUGUUCUGUUACAUUUUCAGAACAACGAUAAUUCUUGGUUUGUCUCUGGUUUUAUAUUAAAAUGUAAAAUGUGAUAUAUUGGUUAUUUAUAUGCUACAUUGUUUGGAUAGUUGACCUGUACGAUACCGAACUUGAAAGUUCUGAAAUUACCAUUCCGUUCUAUGGGCUGGGCCCAACAUUUAUUGAUGCCAACUUAUUCUAGUGCUUAAUCUGUUGUACAUCAAGUCAUGUAAGGGUGUCAGCAGUCAGCGAUGUCACUUUUAAACUGGACUGGGUCUCAUAGCUCUGUCAAUUAAUUAAAACCUUGCUGACUUCAUCAUGAACUCGCAUUUACCUUGCCAUGGCCAUGGUCCUAUCCACUUUUAUUCCAAUCUGAAGCUCAUCAUCUCUUUUUCAUGUUAAUCAUAUUUCAUGCUAGUACUGAUAUUUUGACCUUGUUACAACUUUGGUAUCGUUGAUUUUCAUUUAAUUAUUAGUUUGGAACAGUGUUUUUGUGAAUCAGGCUGGCCCCUUGACAAGUGUGCAAAUUGGACAGAAGAUAUAUUUUUUUUGUGUAAAAUUUAUUUAUGUACAUUUUAUUUUACAAGAUUUCCAUUAUAGUAUGAAUAUGCAUGCAUGUGUGUUUGUAAAUGUAAGUAAAAUUAUUUAUUUAAUUAAAUAAUGUGUCUUUGUAAAAUUUCACAAAGUUUUUGUGAAUGGUGACUGUAUUAAGUAAUCUUGAUGUUUCUGAGGCAAACUUUAAUGGUAACUUUUCAACCCAUGAGAUGGCACAUGUAUGAGCAUGUCUGUAGGAAAGUGGUGUAGCCAUGCUUUCAAAUAAUGGUCCUGGAACCAUGCCAUUGAUUCUUCUAAACACUGGUGUGCUCCAUACCCUUUUUUAAGAAAAACCAUUGUACCAGUUUUUAAAGCAAUUAACUGCCAUUGUUCUGAUUUCAUUGUUUUGACACUUGAAUUAUGAUUUACCAUAUUGGUUACUUGUCAAAUAACCAGUGUAUGUUAAAUUACGAAACAGACAACUAGGUUCAUUGGUAACACAUUCUACCAAAAAUCCUAGCAAUAAACUUUACGCUUACAAUUUUUUUUAUGUGUAGUUUUGCAGUUUGGUUAUACAUCAGAGCAGCGUCCUUAAAAUUAAAAUUAUGAUUUGUAUAAUUGAGUGCCUGUAUUACCAUUCAAAGCUCACCAGAGCAACAGUCUAUUGGUAAGACUGAUGUGGUCAUAAAGAGCCACAGAGAGGAAAUGUCUUUUUUUUUAUUUCCUCUUUUGAACUAUUCCCUCUCUGUUUUGGGGCCACAUGUAGAUAUUCAUGUGUGCCAGUGAUAAAGUACACAACUCAAACGAAGGUGGAAGGUGUAGUCAAGUUAUUGCUAUUCGAUCCAAGAUUCCCACAGAAACGUCAGUGAUAUCUGUUAUCUUUAUAAGAUCAUGUAAUAUUGCAUAUUACUGAAAUGAAAAGUAUGUGAUGGAAACUGUGGUGUUUUUUUAUGUUAUCAAAAUACAGUUGUCUUCAAGUCA